CCUGUGUACUUUCGAUUUCGAAGUGCAGCGUGUUUUUUUUUCUUUUUUUGAUAAUGUAAAUCUCACAUCUCACACCACGCUUCGCUAUCUAAGUAUAAUGGCGCGGUAAAGGUUAGAUCUCGUACCUUCAUCCAUAAGUUAUGUUAUGUUUGUCUAACGACGAAUAGAUAUGACUAUUUUACCGGCUACCGCGACCGCGAAAUAAAAUUGCCCGAGUUCAUAAACGUGUUCGAGUCGAGCUGAAUAUUCGAUUUAGAUCUCGUCGAAAGAUUUUUCAAUAUCCAUGUGUUUGAUGUCAUUGUAAUCGAUGGUGUGAACCAACAUCUGGUGUGAAGUGAACAAGUGGCCGGUGCUUUUCAAAUAUAGCUACCUUUCAUUAAUUCUAUUCUAAUUUAGUAUUCGGCUUUGACGACGCAGUUACUAUUUCGCAGGAAAUAAUUCAAUUUGACAUUGUGCCUUACAUUCGUUAGUCAUGGGCAUGACAGGAACUAUUCAUCAAACGUUGGCUGUGCUGACAGUCAGCUUCAACGAAAUGGAUCUGGGUAUCGGCGACGGAUGGACAUCUCCAGUACUGAAGUACUUCAAUAGCUCCUCAUCGCACGUACGAGUCACUGGUAAUCAAAUGUCAUGGAUCGCUUCUCUAGACAGUAUAGGAAGAAUUCUAGGUGCUAUAUUGUCAGCGAUGUUUAUCGAUACCAUCGGACGUAAAUCAAUGAUUAGCACUUGCGCCGUGAUAUUUUUUCUCAUCUGGUUGGCAAUUCUGUGCAGCAGUUCGGUAAUGGUAAUUUACAUAGUACGUAUAUUAUACGGUGUAGCUAAAGGAAUGAACGACUGUACGAAUUCUGUAUACGUUGGAGAAAAUACAUCGCCAGUUUUUCGAGGUGUUUUUGGUACCGUAGGAUCAAUCUGCUAUUACGGAGCGUUAGUUGGCGAAUACAUUAUCGCCACGUAUCUGUCAUACCAAACAUACACUGCUAUAAAUGCAGCUGUCGGAUUCUUAACAGUUGUGUCGAUAAUUUGGAUAAAGGAACCGGUUCAAUUUUUAAUGAUGAAAGGUAAAUAUGAAAAAGCCGAGAAGAAUUUCCUAUGGUUGAAGGGUGUAGACAAUUUGGAUAAAGUUAAAGUCGAGCUACACCAUAUUAAAGAGAACGUUAUGUUGGAAAAAUCCAAAAAGUCCUCGUUUAACGAUCUAGUCACUUCGUCGGCUAAUUACAAGAGUUUUUUAAUCGUAGUUACGACUUAUUUAUUAGCGGGAGCUAUGGGUUUUGGUCCUAUUUCUUCUUACGCUGCUACUUCACUGUUUCCUAAAACUGAGCACAUCUCGUCGAACGAAUUCACCAUAUUAUUCGGUUUGUUGCAAUUUAUCGUCGCUAUUUUGGCGGCCUUUUUCAUCAGUAGCUUUAAUCGUAGAUUCAUCAUCAUCACGUGCUCUAUAUUAAUUGCUCUGACUCAUAUUUGUACCGCUUCACUGUACUAUGUGAAUGCGAAUGUUACCCCACUGCCUUAUUUCCCAUGGCUUAUAUUUGGUAGUAUUUCUCUAUUUGCGAGCAUUUACUCAUUCAUGUAUCCUGCCAUAUUUUUAAUACGUACCGAAUUAUUCCCGUUGAGUAUAAAAGCAGCGGGCGGAUGUGCCUCUUUGAUCGCCAAUUCGGCUAUGAGCUUCGUAACCACCAAGGUAUAUUUGCUCAUUAAUAAAACUUGGGGUAUUCACGUGAAUUUCGUCGCAUUCGCUGUAGUUUGCGUGCUUUGCGCCAUAUUCGUGCAUCUCACAUUGCCCGAGACUAGGAAUAAAUCUCUUAUAGAGAUACAAGAUCAACUCGAGAAUAAAAAAAAGCCUUACGAGUACAACGAAGUUUCAUUGUAGAGCUGAUUUGUCUGGUAGAUAAUGCCUUGUGUUCGCAUUUCGACGCUUCGUUGUUUUAUAAAUAUAGAUUUUAAUAAUUUUUUAUACCGUUUGUAUUACAUAUUUUUAUUCGUGUUUUUAUGCGCAAUAUGUGCUUCUUUUUUUUUUUUUUGUAACCUUGUAAAGCGCAAUACGCGCGUGUAUAAUGAAUUUUUAAUGCGCGUCAAGUGCUGUUAAUAUUUUUAGAAUAUUUUGUUUAAAAUGAGAAACAAUAGAAUAAUAAUUUUUAUCGUU